UUACUAUUUCCCUCGAUUUCAUCUCUCACACACCCCAGUUAUGUGAAUCAAGAAGUCCAAGCCUCUCAAUCCUCUUAAUUCACCUACUCACAAUUCAGCAACACAGCGACGAGUUCCUUCGGCAUGGAAUUGCCGAUACUGGACGGCGCUUGAAUACUUUCACUGACAGUGGCAGCAAUCAGAUUUCACCGUCAACAGCGUCAAUCAGGAUUUCCUAGGGUUUGGAAAGAUCAGAGAGAGGGACGAUUCACUGCGAUCAAUCUUUUACUAAAUUUGAGAACGACCUUUCUAGUGUGUUUGAAGAUAAUGGGAGAAGUUCAUGCUAUUUUUACGGAUGAUGCCAUAGUGGUUAAUAUUCUUAAACGUCUUCCAGCUCGGGGACUCAUGAAUUGUCGACUGGUUAACAAAAAAUGGAAUGGUAUAGUUUCAGGGAUGGCUUUGAAUUGUGCUCGACUCGACAUAGCUGCAAGCUCUAGCGAGGUAAUCAUACAAUACCAAACUGGCAGUUUCAAUAUAAUUGAUACCGAAGACAAUCAACCAUACUGGCCAGUUAAGGUGAGUAAGGAAUAUUUCCUCCCAGAUCAGUGCUUUAGCUUGAUAGGAUCAUCAAAUGGAAUAAUAUGCAUUUUUGACCGUGAGAGGGAUCACAUCUACGUAACUAAUCCCAUGUUGGGUGAGUAUUUUGGGGUACCCGAAUUGCUCUCCAGAUCAGGAUCGAAAUAUGCAUUUGGGUUUGGGUGUUACAUUGACAAUAAUGCAUAUAAAAUCUUGAGGAUUAAAAAGCAACGCAUGAAUUCAGUGGCAGAAGUGUAUUCCCUAGGGUCAGACCAUUGGAAAAAUGUGGGGAAUGCACCUUUUCCACUCGAUCGACAUAAAAGACUUGGGGCAGUUGUGAAUGGGAUGAUGCAUUGGAUAGUUGACGACGAUGGAAUCCCUGAAUUCAUAUGUUCUUUCCAUGUGAAAGAUGAAACCUUUAACUCAGUUCCACCCCCGAAGGCUCUAAAACAGAGUAGCCGGAAAACUAUGAUUGUUGAGAGCAUACAAAAUACCCUGUAUCUGGUUUUUGUCUCAAACUCAUACUUGCAGAUCUAUUGUAUGAAAGAGUAUGGGAACGGGGAGUCUUGGACCCAAAGUUACAAAAUAUCGAAAAAGAUAAUUCCGAAUGGGAUCGGGGAGCUGCAUCCUGUCACCAUAUUGAAAGACAAGCAAAUUCUGUUUUCAGCCCGGAAAGGGCAUUUGGUGUCUUAUAAUCCAACAAAAAAUUGUUUUUCCGAAGCUAAAAUAAGUGGGAUGGAGUCGGGAUUGCGUGGAGUCAGUUUUCAGUCAUCAUUUCUGACAAUGACGGGUUUCGAAAAUCCAUUUGUAAAACAGGCGGCACUUGGGAAGAAGGUGAAAGCAUUCGGGCAAACUAAUUAUUGGCAUAACUUUAUUCAGUCAACUUUCAAUGCUCUCUCAGUCGACUUUGUCAGAGGUGCCACACUAGUUGUUUCUAGUGACGGUCACAAGUUCUCAAAAGAUGCCAUCCAGAUUAUAAUUAAGAUGGCAGCUGCUAAUGGAGUGAGACAUGUUUGGGUUGGUCAUAAUGGGUUGCUCUCCACUCCUGCUGCAUCAACUGUUAUACGUGAAAGAAUUGGUUCAAAUGGAUCUAAGCCAAUAAAAGCUUUCAUUUUGACAGCAACUCAUAACCCAGGUGGUCCCAAGGAUUUGGGAAUUAAAUACAACACCGCAGAUGGUGGACCUGCACCAGAGGGAAUUGCUGAUAAGAUAUUAGAGAACGCGAGAACAAUAAAGGAGUACUUGAUUGCCAAAGACCUACUAGAUGUGGAUAUCUCUACAAUAGGCAUAACAAACAUUGAAGGACCAGAGGGGCAAUUCGAUGUUGAUGUUUUUGAUUCAGCCAGUGAUCAAGUGAAAUAGAUGAAGUAUGCUUAUCUUCUGUAGGCAAUAGGUAAUGGGCCAUUCAUUUUCCAAGACCUGGUCAGUAUUGAAGUGACUUAGUUUCUCGUUUAUGCUAUAAACUCUAAAACAUAUGAAAUUAGUCUCUUUUACAGACUAAUAGUAAAUGUUUUUGAUUGGGAGCCCUGAAGUUACUAUUAAGUCUGCGCUUAUUGUUGCUAGACUUUUAUUUCAUCAAGAACAUAAACUCCUUUUACAGACUAAUAGUAAAUGUUUUUGAUUGGGAGCCCUGAAGUUACUAUUAAGUCUGUGCUGAUUGUUGCUAGACUUUUAUUUCAUCAAGAACAUAAACUCAACAACGUACACUCAAUUAUAGUUUAUUUAUUUGGACACUUGAUCUGUUGAAGAAUUUAUAGGAAAAUAAUUGUAUAGAAAAUAGUUGAGCUGUUACAUAAUUAUAUCCAAUAUUAUUUCGACCAGUCUUGUAAAAGGAUUAAGGUUUAAUUUUCCUUUUUAUGUUUUUCUUUUU